AUGUCUACAUCAACUGGAAUAAAUCAAUCGUUACAUUCACCGACACCAAGGUAUGCUCGAAGUCGAAGAUCUUCUUCUGUUGGGAAGAUCGACUUAGGUGAUAAUGUUCAAUCAAUAACAAGCCAACUUGGUUCAAAAAGCACAAAUAAAAGCUCCUAUAAUUCGUUACAAUUAUGUUUACAACAUCCCUUAAAAUAUAUUGGUGAAUUAAUAUCUCGCCAUGUGUGGAUACCACCUUUAUUCAUCAUUAGUGUUGUGUAUGCCUUCUACUUCAGUUCUGAUAACCAAACAAAGACAAAUCCAUUACAUAUGUUUGUGACCAUCUCUUAUCAAAUAGAUGAUACUGAUAUGUAUGGUAAAGGUAUCAAAGAUCUUUGUUUUGUAUUCUUUUAUAUGAUUUUUUUUACUUUCUUAAGAGAUUUUAUAAUGGAUGUUUUCAUUCGUCCCUUUGCAUUAAAAGUUGCCAAAAAUAAACAAAAACAAGAUAGAAUUAUGGAGCAAGUAUACUAUGUAUUUUACUACGGUAUCUCUGGUCCAUUUGGUCUAUAUAUCAUGCACGGUACUGAUCUGUGGCUUUUCAAAACUAGAACCAUGUACGAGACUUAUCCAGAUUUUAAUAAUCCCUAUCUAUUCAAAAUAUUUUAUUUAGGUCAAGCUGCAUUUUGGACUCAACAAGCCUGUGUUCUUGCUUUACAAUUAGAGAAACCAAGAAAGGAUUAUUAUGAAUUGAUUUUCCAUCAUAUUGUGACUUUAUUACUAAUUUGGUUAUCCUAUGUGUUCCAUUUCACCAAGAUGGGUCUAGCCAUCUAUAUCACCAUGGAUGUCUCUGAUUGUCUAUUAGCUUUAUCAAAGACUUUAAAUUAUUUAGAUUCCCCAUUCACUCCUACCAUCUUUAUCAUUUUCAUUAUUAGUUGGAUCUAUUUGCGUCAUGUGGUCAAUAUUCGUAUUCUAUGGUCUGUGUUGACCGAGUUUAGAACUGUGGGUAACUAUAGAUUAAAUUUUGCCACUCAACAAUACAAAUGUUGGAUUUCUUUAAUCUUUGUGUUUGUAUUAAUCCUUGCUUUGCAAUUAGUCAAUUUGUACUGGUUAUUUUUGAUCUUCCGUAUUCUUUAUAGAUAUAUCUCUAGUGGUGUUCAAGCUGAUGAAAGAAGUGAAAAUGAGGAUGAAGAAGAAUUCAAAGAAAAGAAAAAUUGA